AUGUCAGGCAACGACGCUUUCAGUAGUAGUGGAACAGCCCCGCCGGCGCUGGUCCCGUCAGGAGGACAGGCGCACGGCGGCGGGGCGCGCGAGAAGCUGGCCGCCCUGGGGCCUGGCUCGCCUCGCGAUGCCGAGGGAGGGCCAGUGAUGGCAUCCGGUAAAUGGCUUUUGGCUGUGUCACGCAACGACGGAGGACAAUCGGAGCUCGAUGGAGAAGAAAGUGGGAGAACCAUUGCCGAAGAUGUCCAGGGGAGACGAUCCGGUCGAGUAGAGGUCAAGGAAGGAUCCGUUGGUCAGACGACAGAAGAAUCUCGAGGGUUACCUGCGUCGGUGGCUGGCGCCAUCGGUAGACCUGGGAAAACCUUCACGGGUGCGCCAAAUGAUAUCAUCAGCGGCCAGGUGCACGGCGGCGGGGUGCGCAAGAAGCUUUCCCCCCGGGGGACUGGCUCGGGCCGCCAAACGUCGGGAGGAUCGCGAGGUGGUCCCUCUGGGGGCGAAUCACGCCCGAAGCCUUCGGGUGCAGUGUCGCAGGAAAAGCGAUCGAUGUUCCCAGAAGAAUCAACGUUGCUGGGUGCGAUACGGAGUGGCCAGCCGGAGGCAGUAUCGGAGGUCUUGGAAAGGAUGGACCAGGCGCAGGCCACAAGGGAACUCCUUGACCCAAACCUCAUUGCCCUCGCUGCUCGAGUUGGCGACUGCCAGCUUUUUGAAUCGAUCCUUGCUGCAAUGCUGGAAACGGUCACCACGUGUGAGGUCAGCGAGAGAGUUUGUGGUUUGGAAGUGAACAAAAAGAGAGGUGCUGUUGGUGAAAAGUGGCUCACAUCUCAAAUAGUUCAUCAACGCGGUGUUGUUUCCUCUCGAGCCCUAGCAAUGUACAGAAUGACGAGCCGCUUAGCUUCAUCCCCCGCCUCUCAGGUGGCGCGGCUACUAGCUGAGGCAUUCAGUGUGGCCACCACGGAAGCGCAGGGUGUGCGGCAUACCAUCGAAGAUCCUCUGCGGGGUCUAUCGAUGCUGCUGCAACACGGAACAAAGCCCCACCCAACGGACCUUGUUAUCUUGUGUCGCGCCAUCGACUACGAGGAGCUGGACGAGUGCCUUUUUCAGGCGGUGGCUUCAGCGAAAAACUCGUUCAUUCCGAGCCUAAACCUCUCGUUCGCGUUCCGCGAUGCCAUUAGGAGUGCCGCUUCCGAGAGGGACCGCAGGGUGCUGGCCCGCCUGCAACACGACGUGGACUCGAUCCUGACGGAAACUUUGAACCGCUUGCCACAGAGUGUGUGCGGCCUCUCUGGGGGCAUGGCCGCCUGCACCGCCCUUCUGGAGCCCGAGGUGGCCGACGAUAGCUCCACCUACGGGGAGCGGGGCCCCUUGGCCCGGGCCUUGGGCUGUACUCACCGAAUCGUUACCUUCGCUACAACUCCCCUUUGCAUGAACUUCAUGCUGCUGAAGUUUACCAGAGGUCUCCCAGCCCUCAAAGAUGGCCAUUCUGUGUUGAUCCUCGAGAAGUCGAGACUCGAUAUCCGGGAGGAAGCCAAGGGGCACGAGAGCCUCACGGCUUUGUGCCCAGGGUCAAUACUGGGUGGUUUCCUACCCAGGGUCGGCAAGCUUCUCUGGGACGAUGACCGCCUGGCACCACUGACUUUUUUUCCUGGGGCUCAUUUCAUCGCUACGGGUGUAGUUGCGCUGCCGAACAGCUACUACAAGGUACCGCUGAUGAGGAUGGCCCUUGAAGCCAUGAUAUUCACCGCCGCCCUCGCGUUCUUCACAUCUAGGGUGCUCCUUUUCGAGAAGGGACAGCUGACGAUUGCGGAGGUGGCCUUCGCCAUCUACGUCGUGGCAGCCAUCAUGUUAGAGGCCACGGAGAUGUGGAAAGAUUUGGCGGGAUAUCUGCUGGAUCGCUGGAAAGCCCCCCACUUCUUGGCCCUAGUGGUGGCACUUGCGGCAUUCCUCGCUAGGGCUAUCGAUCCCGAUAGUUCGUGGGGUCGAGGACUCUACGCGGUGGGCUCACCGCUCAUGUACUGGCGCCUCCUGUACUAUGCUCAGGUAAUUCCCUCUCAGGGGAGUACCAUUCAGGUGCUGUACGGCAUGGCCUCGGAGCUAGGACAGUUUUUCGUGGUAAUGGGCGUCGUUAUCCUGGGCUUUGCCAUGUCCUUCUUCGCCCUGUUCAGAGACGUCAAGGGGGAGACCAUACGGGGUGCGCUUCUCGACGCGUUUCAGGCAAUGCUCGGCGAGGUAGGACUGUUUGACGAUUUCGUUGGGGAGAAGCACGACUUGGCGGCUACCGUGUUGCUUGUGAGCUACUUGGUCGUCAUGACCAUCAUGCUCUUAAACCUGCUCAUUGCUGUGCUGAGCACGGCUCACGGAAAAGUUGAGGAGGCGGUUCUCAUUCGCGUGUCCAGGGCCCGCGUCUACACGCACUAUCGGUGGGUCGUGGCAACCGACGCGCUGCCUGCACCGUUCAACUUGGCACAGCUGGUAGUGCUUCUUCCGUGUAAGAUGGUCGAUGUGUUGUUCAAGGGCAACACGUACCCGAUCGCCCGGCGAGGCGUGGGGCGAAUUGUAUUCUGGCUCUUAUUGGGUCCUGGCGCGAUCCUCGGAGGGGUUUUCGUGUGGCUGGUGUCCACCCCGAAAGCCCUGUUCGCUAUCUGGGGCAAGCGGUCGCUUUCGAUCGCUUCGAGACUGGGGCGGACAAUGCUGUGCCUGUUGUGGAUCACGCUUGGUGUACCUCUGUGCCUUGUGGUUUCGUGGGUGACCCAAGCGACGCGUGUACUCUUCGGGCGUACCUUUGGUCUUGAAGGCGCAAGAUCCUCGGGGCCCAUAAUAUACACGGUAGAUGACAUGCUCAGGGAGGUGACCGGGGUAGGGAUGGCGGCGCUGCGGAUGCACCUGAAGAACCCUGUGGCAAGCGAAAAGUGUUAUGUCAGCGCACGCGUCGAGGAUCGCUUAGCUACGGUGGACCUGCAGGCCCUCCGCUUCCACGUAGAGGACAUGGCCAAGGAGCACAUCGAAGCAGCACACAGGAGGUUGGAGAAACAGCUCGACGAAAAGCUUGAGGGUUUCCUGGCGAAAUUGUCUGCGACGUGA